CUUCCGUGCCCUUCCCCUCCACAACACCGACGAAUCGAUUUCUAGUUUUCAUCUAUCCGAUUAAAGGAGCCGGAAUAUACAGGAAUCCACUGGAAACUCGCCUGCGUUAACUCGUUGUAGACGGGGGAUCGGUUGUAAAUUGACAAGAUCCGUGGAAAUGGAAAGGCAGACAUGUUACGAAUCUGAUCAUUUCAAAGCGACGGAGCUAAGACUAGGGUUGCCGGGGACCGAUGGACAGCCGGAGAAACAACCUUCUUCUAGCUUCAGAAGCAACAAGAGAGCCUCGCCGGAGAUCAGCGAAGAAGAUUGUGCCCCUCCUGCCAACAGGGCACAAGUUGUGGGGUGGCCACCGGUCCGUUCUUACCGGAAAAAUUGCUUCCAGCCGAAAAAAAGCGACGCCGAUGCUUCCGGGAUGUACCUCAAAGUGAGCAUGGACGGAGCGCCUUAUCUCAGGAAGAUCGAUCUGAAGAUUUACCAAAGCUAUCCAGAUCUCCUCAAGUCCUUGGAAGCCAUGUUUAAAUGCACCAUUGGCGUGUACUCGGAGAGGGAAGGGUACAGUGAAUCGGAUUAUGCUCCGACCUACGAAGAUAAAGAUGGGGACUGGAUGCUAGUGGGAGAUGUGCCAUGGGAGAUGUUUGUUACUUGCUGCAGAAGGCUGAGAAUAAUGAAAGGAUCUGAAGCUAAGGGUUUGGGGUGUCUAUAGAGAGUUUAUAAAUUAGCUGAUGUCCCUCGGAGAGAAUGACAUCCUUCGGCUUGGUUGGGUUCGCCGGAAGGUUUUAUACGUCGGCCGUUUGGCCAUGGAUUGGUCGUCGGAUCGCAGAUCCGUUUCCGUUAACGGAUCCCGAAAACAACCAAGAGGAUAGAGAGAAUAUCAUUGAUCUGAUCUGUUGGAUUCAGAUCUGUAUAUGUGCAUGUAUAGAAGAAGAAAGAAUAUAAUGUUCAAAAUGAACUAUUUUUUGUGUUU